GGACAGCCAGCCCGGCCAGCCCUCCAUCUUCCGUCGGACGGAGCUCCCUCCCUCCGCAUCGCGGCUCCAAGCGGAGCAUCUUGCAGAAGGCACAAAGCGGGCAGUCCUUCCUGGAAGGGAGACAUUUCUCUGCUGAUUGUGACCCAGUUGGAUCCAGAGGAUGGACGUUUUCUUGGGUUUGCUUUUCCUCAGUUCUGCUGCUCUGAAGGCAGCUGGAAACGUGUGUGUGUCGGGUCACGACAGAGGACCGGUGUUUGAAGAGCAGCCAAGCAGCUUAAUUUACCCAGAGGGCUUGACUGAAGGCAAAAUAACUCUGAGCUGCCAGGCCAGAGCCAGUCCACCCGCAACCUACUCGUGGAAACUGAACGGCACAGUCCUGGAGCUGGGCUUGAGCCGGUACACGUUGGUGGCUGGCAGCCUGGUGAUCAGCAGCCCGGACAGUUCCCAUGAUACCGGAUCGUACCAGUGUCUGGCUAAGAACCCGUGUGGGACUAUCAUCAGCCGAGUUGCUAACCUCAAGUUCGGCUAUCUUCAUGACUUCUCUCCUGACAGCAGGACUUCACAGACCGUGUAUGAGGGCGCCGGCACUGUGCUUGCCUGUCAGCCGCCCCCACAUUACCCAGCUCUGUCCUACCGCUGGUACUUCAACGAGUUUCCCAACUUCAUCAGAAAGGACGACAGCCGCUGGUUUGUGUCGCAGGUCACUGGGAACCUCCACUUGGCCAAAGCAGAGUUAAACGACACUGGGAACUACUUCUGCUUCACUACCAUCAAUCUGGACAUCAGCACCAAAAGCACUUUUAGCAAAGGCAGCCUGCUCACUGUAAUGCCGGACGCCAAUCCCAGGAGGUCAGCACCAAGCAUCAGACUGCGCUUCCCAGCGGAGACGUACGCCCUCACUGGACACGCCGCCCAACUGGAAUGCUUUGCGAACGGAAAUCCAGUCCCAAAGCUUCGGUGGAGGAAGGUUGAUGGUUUAAUGCCGUCCAAAGCAGGCUCCUCUACACAGAGUCACACCCUCGUCCUACCCGAUCUCUCUUUUGAUGACGAGGGAAUAUAUGAGUGUGAAGCCUACAGCUCAGAAGGACGUGACACAUACCAGGGACGCAUCAUUGUGCAAGCCCAGCCGGAGUGGUUGCAGGUGAUGAGCGACUCGGAGGUGGAGAUCAGCUCAGAACUUCACUGGAGCUGCUUAGCUGCUGGGAAACCUCGACCCGCUGUCCGCUGGAUACGCAACGGAUUGUUUCUCACUACACAGGAGCGGGUGACGGUGAACGGAGCGCAUCUGAAAAUCAGCAACCUGGCACUGGAGGAUUCAGGGAUGUACCAGUGUGUGGCUGAGAACAAACACGGCACUAUUUAUUCAUCUGCGGAGCUGAGGGUCCAAGUCCAGGCUCCGGAUUUCCGGCUCAAUCCGGUGAGGAAGCUGAUCCCGGCGGCCAGAGGCGGCCAGGUGGUGAUCGAGUGUCGCCCUCGCGCGGCGCCAAAGCCCAUCCUGUUCUGGAGCCGUGGGACGGAACUUCUGACCAACAGCAGCAGAAUCGCAGUGACUCCAGACGGCACGCUGUGGAUCUACAACAUCAGCCGAGCAGAUGAAGGAAAAUACACCUGCUUUGCUGAGAACUACCUGGGCAAAGCCAACAGCACCGGACACCUGUCUGUCAGAGAUGCCACCAAAAUCACACUGGCUCCCUCCAACGCUGACGUCAACCAGGGGGAGAACGUGACGCUGCAGUGCCACGCCUCCCACGACCCCACCAUGGACUUGACCUUCACCUGGGCCCUCAACGGGGCUCCGCUGGACCUGGAGAACUCGGCGGGGCCGUACCAGCGGGUGGAGGCGAAGGAAAACAUCGGCGACCUGCUGAUUGUGAACGCUCAGCUGAGUCAGGCCGGGAUAUUUACCUGCACAGCUCAGACUGUGGUGGACAGCGCGUCUUCUUCUGCGAAACUGGUUGUGCGAGGACCCCCAGGACCACCCGGUGGUCUUCUGGUGAAGAACGUGGCCGAGAUGUCAGUGGACCUCAAGUGGAGCCGCGGCUACGACAACCAUAGUCCCAUCGGCAAAUACGUCAUCAUGGGUCGAUCGUAUCUCUCGUCAGAGUGGAGGCAGAUGAUGACAGAACCAGCAAACAUAGAGGGGAAUGCAGAGUCGGCGCGGGUGACCGGAUUGAUUCCAUGGAUGGAUUAUGAAUUCCAGGUCAUCGCCAGCAACAUCCUGGGCAGCGGAGAGCCCAGCCGUCCCAUGUCAUCCGCACAAAGCAAGCAGGCAGCACCUACGGUGGCCCCGAGUGGUCUCGGUGGAGGGGGAGGAAACCGCAAUGAACUGAUUAUUACCUGGACGCCCAUGGCCAGGGAGUACCAGAACGGGGACGGCUUUGGCUACAUUCUGGCCUUCAGGAAGAAAGACACGCCGCUGUGGUCGGAGGUGCAGAUCCCGCAUGUCGAGUCCUCGCGCUACGUCUUCUACAACGAAAGCCUGACACCCUACACUCCUUUUGAAGUAAAGAUCAAAGCGUAUAACCGCAGAGGCGAAGGUCCGUUCAGCCAGCUCUCAGACGUCUACUCCGCAGAGGAAGAGCCAACUGUGAGACCUUCAGGCAUCAACGCCACUGCACUGUCAGCCUUUGAGAUCCAGGUGUCAUGGGAACCCAUCCAGCCGCUGAGCAACGGCAUCCUAAGAGGAUAUGAGAUCCGAUACUGGAGGCAGCACGAGAGAGAGGCGGCUGCGGACCGGGUGAGGACGGCCGGGCUGCAGCCGACGGCCCGGGUGUCCGGCCUUCGACCGAGCACGCGGUACAACGUGGCCGUUCUGGCGUAUAACAGCGCCGGCACGGGGCCUCCGUCGCCCCGCACCGCCGUCACCACCAGGAAACCACCUCCCAAUCGUCCUCCGGGCAACGUGUCGACUGAAACCAAAGGCUCUGAAGUAACGCUGAGGUGGAGUCAAGUGACAGCGAUGCACAACGAGUCAGCCGUGUUGGGCUAUAAGAUUCUGUACAGACAUGAAGACCAGACUGUGAUGAAGUUUGUGGACAAGUCGAAGACGUCAGUGACUCUGCCGCUAACUAAAGACUACGGCUACGCGCUGCUGGAGAUCCGGACGUGGGGCGAGGGCGGAGACGGGCCGUCUCAUGAGGUCAUCGUGUCCCAGGACUCUGGAACCGGAAUGAUGGUGCAGAAGGACGCCUCCUCCGCCCUGACCAGCUCCCUCCUCCACAUGGCCACCGGCUCGGUCCUCUUGGCCCUCAGCCUCCUGUGAUCUUGUCUGUUACUGUUAGUGAAGCGAAGGCUCCAGAUGGAUGUUACAUUUCAUUCCUAAUAAUCACAGUUUAACAUCUCAAUGCAGUGGAGGGAACCAGAACCUACAACUCUGGGUUCUUUAUGAACAUAAGCUCUUAAGGUACAAACAGAACCGAGUGAGUGGAUGGUUAGCAUUGUUAGCUUCGAGAUGUGUGAUCUGAAAUUCACUCUAAGAGCAGCUAUCGACAUCGUUUAAUUUGGCUUUCAUCUGCUGCAGUUGUUUUCUGCAUGUCAGGUCUCAUUGUCUUCCCGUUAUCCUGGACGUGCAUGAAGCAGCGUAACCCGACGGAAUGAAGGCUGCAUGUUGUUCCCUCCAUCCCCUCAACUCCAUCUUUAGAGAGGAGGGUCUUAAUUGUUUCUGCAAAACCAGGGACUAAGCACAUGCUUUAAACUGGUUAAAGUUGAGUUGAAGCUUUUAACUUUGAAAUAUUUUUAUUUAUUAUUUUUUUAACUUUUUGCCCUAAUAAGCAUGGCAUUCUGGGAUUAAUAUAGUUUCAUCCUGCAUUCACGGAUAUUUUAGGGAGGAUGAUUAGGGUGGGGUGGUCGACUUCAUUCUGAAACCAAGGAAAUCAGAGUUUUGUACUCUGAUGAAAAAGAAAAGAGUUUUGUCUGACAAACCACUGUAGCUGCCAGGUUAGUGCCUCAGCACUGCAGAAGAAAAUGAUUUGUUUCUGUUGCGCUCGUAUUUCAGAUAAACUCACAAUAGCAAGUGUUAAAUACAGAACAUAGGCUUUUACCUUUAAGUUAAAAUAAAAAAAAAGUUGACAUUGUCAAAACAACAACUUAUGUUUCCGCUAUGGUAGAUUAGAAAUAGAAAUGUCCUUUCUGCCAUUUGCUCUGACCGCAACAGUCGGACGGACCUUUAAGCUGACUGGCUGUGUUUGUGUUUAGUGUCUCAGACAGCAGAGCACGUCCACUCUCUUUAUCAUUGAUAGAAUUGUGCCUGCAGUGUAAAAAAAACGUUCAUGUUUGAUGUGUUUAUUGCCAAUCAUUUUCUGCUGAUAAGGCUAAUCAGAGGAAGGGAUGAAAGAGUUGUCAGGACUACUGAGCUGUGGUCAGGCCACCGGCGCUGACGCAACACGUCUGAUCCUCUGCAGUUCCCAGAACCCACCGGAACAGUCGCCGCCUUCUGUUCCUGAAGGUUCUUGCUGUUAUUUUUAUUUAUUUAUUGCCUUAUUUAUUUGAAUGUGUUGAUUUUUAUUUACGGUAUAUAUUUCUUGUUUUUCUGGAAACUCUUUUUUUUUUUUUUGCGCAAUUUCUCUUUUUUGUGGGGGCAAAGUGUUUGCACUAUCUUUCAUUUGUUAUGCUGGAUUUAGUUCAGGGGUGUCCAAAGUGUGGCUGGGGGGCCAUUUGUGCCCCCUGCAGACCCCAAAAUUUAAAAUUGUCUGUUCUUCUUAGGUAACAGUCCAAAGUCCUUUUUAUGUUUCAGAUCUUCAAGUACGUUCAUAUUUCACAAAAUUUGUUCAUUGUUGAAAAGGUGAAAGAAUAGACAAAAAAUCCCAAUAAACUUUUUUUAUUUCUUUUUUUAUUUCAUGAAUUUUGUGACUCAUCAGUACUUUAAAUUGACCAUUUUGGACACAACUUGAUUUACUUGAAUUUCCCAGAGUUGCUGUCCUGUAGCAUCUGAGCUGACUAGAAAAAUGCUAUCAUGGCUUAUUCAUCAAAACAUCAGUGCAUAUAAAACUGGUUUUGAUUUAAAGCUGCAGUUCUGCUUCAGCUGAGUCGAGAAUGUCCAACCAAAUAAUUAUGAUCUAAGACGUUUUGCUGAUUUUACCAUUUGAAUAAAUGGCAGUUAUUACUGGCGGUCUUCUGUGACCGUCGGCCUCUGAUCUGAGUCUAGAAACAGGCAGCCUGUUUGUACCACUGAGCUCUCACCUGAAGCGGUCAGCAAAGCUUGGGUCCGGUUUCUCUUCGAGUGACGCCUGAAGCGCUUAUAGAAAAUUAGCCUGGUGCAAAUGUUUCUGUCCAACUCUAGAUGAAGCCCUAGUUAGACUUAAACUACACGGGUGAUUUUGUGAGUCUGACCUGUUGUGAGUCUUUAUAUAGUGGCAGAAUUCUGAAGGAAGACUGCAGAAUUAAUAUUUAAAUACAAAAAGGUAGAAAUGUCACCUUUUUGUCAGUUUUGAGGGCAAACCUUUAAUUUAUUGUUGAGUUGUGCCUGAAUCCAUGAACGUCUUCGUAUUUAAAUGGCUUUGACGACCAGACUUGUUUACUUUGCUGGUGGUCGGAUCAUAGACUACUUGAUUGUACACAUGCAAAUGCUUUAUUAGAUCAUUUCAACGUAUUUUGUGUUGCAGUUUUACGGUCGCGCUGGUGGUGGCAGAUGAGUGCAGCGUAAUGUUGCUGUCGGUUAUCUCCAGCAGUCGGUGUGAAGUUAAAACCUGAGAAACAUUUUCUAUUUUAGCUGGGCAAAAAAAUGAAAAACUGAUUUUAUUUCUCUUAACGUGUACAGUCUAUCUCCCUCUUAGUGCUUACAUUUUCUAAGGACAAUAGGUUGCCAUUUUGCCUGAUAGUUUUUAAUCUGGGCUCUACAACAUGACCCACCAUUCAACCCCUCAUCCAGGACAGCUUAUGAAAUACAUAACCUGUUUAUACACGACUUUAAACACCUGCUAUGUCUUCCACUCCCAAAUGUAAAGCAUCACACAGCAGUUGUCAGAACCACUGAAUGUAGUUACGGUGUGUGUCGUUGUGCUUGAUACUCUGUACAGUGUUGUUUUUUUUUAAUGCCUUCAGUGUUUGAUGCAGAGCCAUAAGGAUGUGUGACCAUAUAUGGGAGCGUUGGCCGAACAGACCUGGCUGUAUGCUUGGUGUUUACCUGCCUCCAGGUGGUUCCAGUCACGAGCUCAAAUCAGUUCUGGCUUAUUUUGCCUUUGGGUUUUUUUAUUUUUUAUGAUUAUUUAUUUUAUUGUAACUGAAUGGAAGGGGCAAGAAGAUUGCAAAAUGUAAAGCUGUUUUUAAAUAAACACAUUGGAAUUAUA